UAGCACUUGCAAUGGCGAAAGGGGAGGAAGGUUCAAUGGCGAAAGGGGAGGCAGGUUCCAUGGCGGAGGGGGGGCAAGGUUCAACGGCGGAAGUUGGGCAAGGUUCAUCAGGCAGUAGCUCCAUUACUGGUUCACUUCUUGGCAUUCCGGUUAAGGAUUUCUCAAGACUGAUGAAAUCGGGUGUUGACUGUAAAGCAAGUGUUGUGAGGGUGCUUGUGAAAAAAGAAACUGAAGUUGAUGAAAGACAAAGGGAUGGUACUGUAAAUGUAGGCAGUGCUUUAGUUGCUCUUGCUGGCAAUCAAAGAGUAUUAUGUUUGACAGCCAACCAUAUUUUUCUGCAUGUAAAAGGAGAUGUCAAACCGUAUCUCAGAUUUUGCGGUGAACCAACAGACUACGAGCUUACUAUAAUCUAUCAAGAUGAAGCCUGUGAUCUGUGCCUAUUCAUGAAUAAGUUUGAGAUUGAUGGUCUACAAUCCAAAGUCAAGAGCAUGAUAUUCAAUCCGAGGGAGAUUAAUGAGGGUACCCAUGUAGUGGUGCUUGGGUACUCACAUCCGACAUUGAUCCUUCCCAAUCGUGAUGGCAAUGGCAGGGACCAAUAUGAACUUGUAGCAGUCAAGCGACCAACACCUCUUCCUGGCACACUGUGCAUUCCAGGUUAUGUAAAAGAGAGUUUCAAAGGUGAUGAGUUUUAUGAAGCACUUAAAUACAACGUGUCGGCCAUGAGUGGUUUCUCAGGAUCUCCUGUGAUUGUGGAGGGUCAAGUUAUUGGAAUCCACCUAGGACGUGAAGCAGGCGAAAGGGACGGCAUCGGUAAUAGAACUAUAAAGACCACUUUGAGAAGAUGGUUAAAUAUUCUCGACGGGGAUGAUGAACAUGUUACCAUCGAGGAGUUGCUGGCCAGGAUUAAUGAAGUAAUUCGGCAACGAAUCGAAGACCAGGUUUAA